AUGACCAGUGAAGAGAUUAUUUUGGGAAUUUUCCGCAUUUUAGUGAGGCCACAGUACAGCAGGUACAGUGCCACUAAGGAGCCUGUGGCUGAGAUUCAAACUCAGCUCAAAACCUCGGCAGCCUGCCUGAUUAGGGCAGAAAAGGGCUUGUUGCACCAAUCAGAGCAGCUCGGCAUCCCUCUCGUGCCGUUCGGAGGUGCAACCGUGCCAAAUUUCCGCACGGUUGCACCUCCGAACGGCAUCUGGGCGCUUAGUAAGCGAUGCUCAGAAAAAAGCGGAAAAUUGAGACAAUAUUCAAAAUGA